ACCCAAAACCGAAAACCAAUCGAAGAAGAAAGACGCAAACUCCGAGUCUCUGCUACUCUCUCAAUUCCAAUACAGAUGAAAGAGAAUAGAGAUGGAAUCAAGAGCGACAGACGGGCAAAAGGUUCAUCAAUUAGCUCACUUCCGCUCAUCUUGGACAUAGACGACUUUAAGGGCGAAUUUUCAUUUGAUGCAUUGUUCGGAAACCUGGUAAAUGAUCUCCUCCCAUCCUUUCAAGAAGAUGAAACAGAUUCAUCUGAGGGUCAUAGCAACAUCAGCGGGACUGACAGUUUGCCGAAUGGACAUAUGCGAGCCCCAUCAGAUGCAACAAGAUUUGCACAGGGAGUGUCUGACCCUUUAUUUCCAGAAGUAGAUAAGAUCUUAUCUCUGUUCAAAGAUUCUUGUAAAGAGUUGGUUGAUCUCCAAACACAGAUUGAUGGAAAGCUAUUAAAUCUUAAGAAGGAUGUUUCUACACAAGAUUCUAAGCAUCGGAAGACACUUACUGAGCUUGAAAAAGGAGUGGACGGCUUGUUUGGUAGCUUUGCCAGGUUGGAUUCACGUAUAUCAAGUGUUGGACAGACUGCUGCAAAAAUAGGAGAUCAUCUGCAGAGUGCAGAUGCUCAGCGGGAAACUGCUAGUCAAUCAAUAGAGCUCAUAAAGUACUUGAUGGAGUUUAAUAGCAGCCCAGGCGAUCUAAUGGAACUUUCACCUCUAUUUUCUGAUGAUAGCCGUGUUGCAGAGGCUGCUAAAAUUGCACAAAAACUGCGGGCGUUUGCUGAGGAAGAUAUUGGAAGAACUGUACCAUCAGUCAUGGGCAAUGCAGCCGCUAGCAGAGGAUUAGAAGUUGCAGUUGCUAAUCUUCAGGAGUACUGCAAUGAAUUGGAGAACAGACUGCUAGCUCGAUUUGAUGCCGCGUCACAGAGAAGAGACUUGUCUACCAUGGCAGAAUGUGCUAAAAUUUUAUCUCAGUUUAACAGGGGAACCAGUGCCAUGCAACACUACGUGGCAACACGUCCAAUGUUUAUUGACGUGGAAGUCAUGAAUGCAGAUACCAGAUUGGUUCUUGGUGACGAGGGUUCCCAGGCUAGUCCUAGCAAUGUUUCUCGUGGACUUUCUUCCUUGUACAAAGAAAUCACAGAUACUGUACGGAAGGAAGCAGCAACAAUUACGGCUGUAUUCCCUUCUCCUAAUGAAGUUAUGUCAAUCUUAGUUCAGCGAGUUUUAGAGCAGAGAAUUACAGCUUUAUUGGACAAAUUAUUAGUGAAACCAUCUCUUGUGAACCUACCUCCUAUGGAAGAAGGGGGCCUUCUAUUAUAUCUUAGAAUGCUUGCGGUAGGAUAUGAGAAGACGCAAGAACUUGCUAAGGAUCUACGAGCCGUAGGAUGUGGUGAUUUGGAUGUUGAGGGCCUCACAGAGUCUUUGUUUUCUGCUCACAAGGAUGGAUAUCCUGAACAUGAGCAGGCCUCUCUUAAGCAACUAUAUCAAGCUAAGAUGGCAGAACUACGUGCUGAAAGCCAGCAGACAUCUGAAUCAAGUGGAACAACUGGGCGCUCAAAAGGGGCAGCAGUGGCAUCUUCCCACCAGCAAAUAUCUGUCACUGUUGUUACAGAGUUUGUUCGUUGGAAUGAAGAAGCAAUUACCAGAUGCGUUUUGUUCUCAUCCCAACCUGCAACCCUUGCAGCAAAUGUAAAAUCUGUGUUUACUUCCCUCCUAGGCCAAGUCAGUCAAUAUAUAACAGAAGGUCUUGAACGAGCAAGAGACAGCUUGACUGAAGCUGCGUCUUUAAGAGAAAGAUUUGUGUUGGGCACUAGCAUGAGUAGAAGGGUGGCUGCUGCUGCUGCUUCUGCUGCAGAAGCUGCUGCUGCUGCUGGUGAAAGCAGUUUCAGAUCUUUCAUGGUUGCUGUACAACGUUGUGGAAGCAGUGUGGCUAUAGUUCAACAAUAUUUUUCAAAUUCUAUCUCUCGGCUUCUACUCCCUGUUGAUGGUGCACAUGCUGCUUCAUGUGAAGAAAUGGCAACAGCUAUGUCAAGUGCAGAGGGUGCUGCAUAUAAAGGCCUUCAACAAUGUAUUGAAACUGUGAUGGCUGAGGUGGAACGAUUACUUUCUUCUGAACAAAAGGCAACAGAUUACAGAUCACCAGAAGAUGGAUUUGCUCCUGAUCAUCGGCCAACAAAUGCCUGCACCAGAGUUGUGGCUUAUCUUUCCCGUAUACUAGAAUCUGCGUUUUCAGCACUCGAGGGUCUCAACAAGCAAGCAUUUUUGACUGAAUUAGGAAAUCGCUUGCAUAAAGGGCUGCUAGCACAUUGGCAGAAGUUCACCUUCAAUCCCAGUGGAGGACUACGGCUCAAGCGUGACAUAACUGAAUAUGGAGAAUUCGUGCGCAGUUUCAAUGCUCCUUCUGUUGAUGAAAAAUUUGAAUUGCUUGGCAUAAUGGCCAAUGUCUUCAUUGUUGCUCCUGAAAGUCUAUCAACUUUGUUUGAGGGUACCCCCAGUAUACGGAAAGAUGCACAGAGGUUUAUUGAGCUUAGAGACGACUACAAGAGUGCAAAACUUGCUGCCAGACUUAGUUCCUUGUGGGCAAGCUCAAGUUGAUUCAGAAGAUGUAUGUUCACUGAAUAUGACCUCCCAAAUUUUGUUUGGUAUCAAGGUGCUCCAGAGAUGAGGAAACUGACACACCGAGUUGAAUUUAUUUGGAGGCACCUCAAUCAAGCAGGGGAAUUGGUUUAAAUUGGAUUGUUGGUCUGGUUAAAGAGCUCAUCUUUGGACAGAUCACUGAAAUAGGGAUUGUUUAUCUUUUCCAUUUUGUCGAGUGUAUAUUUUGAAGGUACAAAUAGGAGGACCUGAAAGACUAGUCUUUUAGAUAUCUAAUUUAUUUGCUAGGGUUGCAAAUUACAUUUGAUGGUUUUGGCUCUUUUGUAAAUGAUACCAGUGUUGCACUAAGUUGUGUUUUUUGAUUGCAGUUCAAAAAGUGUUUUAUUUCG